GAGGGCCAGUAAGAUGACGGACCUACAAAUAUUGGACACGCUUCUGGCUCAAUAUGACCGUCGGGCAACUCCGUCCAAUCAGUGGAACAACGCAACGGUGGUUGACUGCGAGCUCUACAUUCGCAGCUUCGGCUCUAUUGACCCUUCUUCGAUGGACUAUCACGUAGACUUAUACCUACGACAAACCUGGGUUGACCAACGCCUCAACCACGUCGACAUCGACCAGCCGCUGGAUCUGAACGACCCGAACUUGGUGAAGGCGAUCUGGAAGCCCGAGGUGUAUUUUCCCAACGCUAAAGAUGCAGAGUUGAAGCUGCUCUUCUCUUGUAUGCUGGAGCUUUCAAAAUUCCCUCUAGACGCCCAAAUCUGCACCAUGGAAGUGGCCAGCUUUUCAAAGACGAUGAAGGAGCUGGAGCUGCGCUGGAAAAGCGAGGACCCCAUCAAAAUGUACCGCGACCUCCGCAUGCCGCAGUACGAGAUCAACGCAAUACGACCUUCCAUCUGUAACGAGUCGUUUUACAUCGGGAAUUAUAGUUGCUUGGUGGCAGAGUUCAGCUUGCAGAGAUCCAUCGGCUUCUACCUGGUGCAGCUUUACCUGCCAACCAUCCUUAUUGUCGUGAUAUCCUGGGUCGGCUUCUGGAUGGACGUGGACUCUGUACCUGGCCGUACAACUCUGGGGGUGACCACCCUGCUUGCCAUGUCCACCAAGUCUUCAGAUAUCCAGGAAGGCCUGCCUCAAGUUUCCUACGUGAAGGCCAUAGACGUUUGGAUGGGAGCUUGCACUGCGUUCGUGUUCUGCGCGCUGUUGGAGUUUACCCUCGUGAACUACAUGUGGCGUAAGCGACCCCAGCCCAAACUGCCGAACCUGUUCGGACUGAACGGCAGUCGCGUGGCUGGACGCUCGGGUGGC